CCUUAUCGCCUCCCUGCACACGUUUGGAAUGAACCAUCGUGUCUGACGAUGGCUUCUGAUUUCCAUGCGUUUCCCUCUGUAAUAAUAUUAACGCUUAAGAGCUGUCAAAGCGCCGCGCACCUCCGUGCGCACAGUAGAAACCCUACUCCUAAAAAUGUAGUGACAUCAUCAGCCGAGUAGCCAGUAGGAGCCGGGGACGGAGAGAUUUGGGGGCUGGUGAUAAGGUAUCUGGAUUCUUUCAGCCUUCAGCCCUUACACGGUGUUACUGUCAAUGGGAGCACUGCUUCAGGAUUCACGCUGGCCGGGCUUCGCUUCAGGACUGCGCGGAAAGAGCCACACUGGGAAACUUUUUAACUGUGAAAUCAGCUUCCCCUACCCCCCACACACACAAGCUUCGAGUUGCCUCGCCACAGAACGCGAGGGGAAAAAAAGGGGGCGCAUUGCGGGUGAAAAGGGGUGAUGGGUGGCUCAUCUUCGUUCCGAUGAUUUUCGUCCUGUUAUUGGCUUGCUCCUCAUGAAAAGACAAAACUUUGUUCCUGGUCACUUUCUGUCCCUCUCACUCUCUUUCUCCCCAGUUUGUCCGCCUCAAUGGUAUUAAAACGCCCCCCAAACCGAGGGGUUCUCUGAGCGCAACUAUCCAGCCGACCCCAGAAGAAGUCAAACCUCCUAGACCUGAUCUACACCUUCCUUCUGGUCCGUCUUGAAAUCCCAUCUGAGGGGGAUUAUAACAGAAAGCUGAGCACUGUCUGGAUUUUUUGUUUUGUUUUGUUUUAAACUUCUUUUCGCGAAUUGCAUAGGCUGAAGGCAAGGCUGCUUGCAGCCGAGGCGGAUACGAUGCUGCGCUCAGACCGGGGAGCACAGAGCUCCCGGAGGAUUUUGGCUCUAAUUUGCGGAUUGCUGUGCUUUUUGACCGUGAAUGGAUGCCCUCACAAAUGCAGUUGCUCCGGAUCUCAUGUGGAUUGCCACGGGCAGGGAUUCAGGACAGUGCCGAAGGGAAUUCCCAGGAAUGCAGAGAGGCUAGACCUGGACAGGAAUAACAUCACUCGAAUCACCAAAGUGGACUUCACUGGGAUUAAGAACCUACGAGUUUUGCACCUGGAGGACAAUCAGAUCAGUGUAAUUGAGAGAGGAGCAUUCCAGGAUCUGAAGCAGCUGGAGAGACUACGCCUGAAUCGGAACAAGCUGACGGUCCUUCCAGAGCUACUGUUCCAGACCAACCCCAAACUGGGGCGGCUGGACCUGAGCGAAAACCAGAUCCAAGCUGUUCCCCGCAAAGCCUUCCGAGGAAUCACCAACGUCAAGAACUUGCAGCUGGACAGCAACCACAUCAGCUGCAUCGAAGAUGGAGCCUUCCGAGCCCUGCGGGACCUGGAGAUCCUCACCCUCAACAACAACAACAUCACCCUCAUUCCCCUCUCCAGCUUCAACCACAUGCCCAAACUGCGCACGCUGCGCCUGCACUCCAACAGCCUGCACUGCGACUGCCACUUGGCCUGGCUGUCAGACUGGCUGCGGCAGAGACGAGGCCUCGCCCCCUUCACACAGUGCAUGUCCCCAGCCCACAUGAGGGGCCUGACCGUGCCGGAGGUCCAGAAGAAGGAGUUCAUCUGCACAGGCCCCCAGCAGGCGGAGCCGCGUACCUGCAGCGCCCAGGCGUCCUCCUGCCCGGCCUCCUGCACCUGCAACAACAACGUGGUGGACUGCCGGGGCAAGGGCCUCACCGACAUCCCAGCCAGCCUGCCGGAGGGCAUCGUCGAAAUCCGCCUGGAGCAGAACCUGAUCAAGAGCAUCCCGCCCGGAGCCUUCACCCCCUACAAGAAGCUGAAGAGGAUAGACCUCAGUAAGAAUCAGAUUUCCGAGAUAGCAGUGGACGCCUUCCACGGCCUUCGUUCCCUGACCUCUCUAGUGCUGUACGGGAACAAGAUUGCGGAGAUCCCCAAGGGCCUCUUCGACGGACUGGUUUCUCUCCAGCUGCUGCUGCUGAACGCCAACAAGAUCAACUGCCUGAGAGUGAACACCUUCCAAGACCUGCAGAACCUCAACCUCCUCUCCCUGUACGACAACAAGCUCCAGACCAUCAGCAAAGGCCUCUUCUCCCCUCUGCGCUCCAUUAAGACUCUACACCUGGCCCAGAACCCCUUCGUGUGCGACUGUCACCUCAAGUGGCUGGCCGACUACCUCUUCGACAACCCCAUCGAGACCAGCGGGGCGCGCUGCAGCCACCCCCGCCGCCUGGCCAACAAGCGCAUCAGCCAAGUCAAGGGCAAGAAGUUCCGCUGCUCAGGCACUGAGGACUACCGCGCCCGGCUGAGUGGGGAGUGCUUCCAGGACCUCGUGUGCCCGGAGCGCUGCCGCUGCGAGGGAACCCUGGUCGACUGCUCGAACCUCAAGCUCGGACGCUUCCCACCACACCUGCCUGAGCACACCACUGACCUGCGCCUUAAUGACAAUGAAAUCUCCGUCCUGGAGCCCACAGGGAUCUUUAAGAAGCUUCCGAACCUGCGCAAGAUUAACCUGAGCAACAACAAGCUGCGGGAGGUCCGGGAGGGCGCCUUCGACGGGGCAGACGGGGUGCUGGAGCUGCUUCUCACCGGGAACCAGCUGCAGAGCCUGCACGGCCGCAUGCUGAGGGGACUGACCGGCCUGAAGACCCUGAUGCUGAGGAGCAACCAGAUCAGCUGUGUGGACAACACCACCUUCGCAGGGCUCAGCUCAGUGCGCCUGCUGUCUCUCUACGACAACCGCAUCUCGACCAUUGCACCCGGGGCCUUCAGCACGCUCCACUCCCUCUCCACGAUUAACCUGCUGUCCAACCCCUAUGUGUGUGACUGCCACCUGGCCUGGCUGGGACUGUGGCUGAAGAAGACCAGGGUGGUGAGUGGGAACCCACGCUGCCAGAAGCCAGCCUUCCUCAAGGAGAUCCCUAUCCAGGACGUGGCCCUGCCUGACUUCACCUGCGACGGCUCCGAGGAGAGUAGCUGCCAGCCCCUGCCACGUUGCCCCGAGUCCUGCACGUGCUCAGACACGGUGGUGCGCUGCAGUAAUCGGGGUCUGCGCUCUCUGCCCAAGGGCAUCCCCAAGGACACCACUGAGCUAUACCUUGAGGGAAACCUUCUGACAACUGUGCCUAAGGAGCUGGCCAGCCUCAAACACCUCUCUCUCAUUGACCUCAGCAACAACAGCAUCAGCUCUCUGGCCCCGAUGACCUUCAGCAACAUGUCUCAGCUGGCCACUCUCAUUCUGAGCUACAACCAGAUCCGCUGUAUUCCAGUCCAUGCAUUUGAUGGGCUCCGAUCUCUACGUCUGCUUACUCUCCACGGCAAUGACCUCUCAACUAUCCCAGAAGGAGCGUUCAACCACUUGACAUCUCUCUCCCACCUGGCUCUGGGCGCCAACCCGCUGUACUGUAACUGCGACCUGCGCUGGCUGUCCCAGUGGGUGAAGGCAGGAUUCAAAGAGCCUGGUAUCGCCCGCUGCAGUGGGCCCCCAGACAUGGCUGACAGGCUGCUGCUCACCACCCCACUCAACAGGUUCCAGUGCAAAGGCCCUGCAGACGUUACGCUGUUGUCCAAGUGCGCCCCCUGCCUGUCCACCCCCUGCCAGAACAACGGCACCUGCGUCAGUGACGUCACCGGCUUCUACCGCUGCACCUGUCCCUAUGGGUACAAGGGCCAGAACUGUGAGACGCCCAUCAACGCCUGCAUCAGCUCCCCCUGCGCCAGUGGAGGCACCUGUCACCUGCAGCCAGGGCGAGAGGACCAGUUCAGCUGUGCCUGCCCGCCCGGGUUCGAGGGAGAGCGCUGCGAGGUGAACCCAGACGACUGCGAGGACAACGACUGCGAGAACAACUCCACCUGCGUGGACGGCAUCAACAACUACACCUGCCUGUGCCCUCCGAACUACACAGGCGACCUGUGUGAGGAAGUGAUUGAUCACUGCAUUCCAGGAUUUAACCCCUGUCAGCACGACGCCAAGUGCAUCUCCCUCUCGAAGGGAUACAGGUGCGAGUGCCUGCCGGGGUACGUGGGCCCGCACUGCGAGCAGGAUUACAACGACUGCCUGGAGAACAAGUGCCGCCACGGGGCGCAGUGCGUGGACGCCGUCAAUGGAUACACCUGCAUCUGCAAAGAGGGGUUCAGCGGCCUGUUCUGCGAAAGCCCCCCUCCCAUGAUCCUCCUGCAGACCAGCCCGUGUGACCAGGCCGACUGCCAGAACGGGGCGCAGUGCCUGGUGGUCUCGGGGGAGCCCGCCUGCCGCUGUCUGCCGGGGUUCUUCGGGGAGAAGUGCCAGAAGAUCAUCACGGCCCACUUCCUGGGCAAGAGCGCCUACGUGGAGCUCUCCGGGACCAAGAUCCGUCCGACCACGCACAUCUCCCUUCAGGUGGCCACAGACAAGGACUAUGGGACUUUGCUGUACAAGGAAGACAAUGACCCCCUGGCCCUGGAGUUGUACCAGGGGCACAUCCGGCUUGUCUAUGAUAUUGCCAACUACCCCCCCACCACAGUGUACAGCGUGGAGUCCGUGAACGACGGGCUCUUCCACGCGGUGGAGCUGCUGAUCCAGAAUCACUCCCUCAGCCUGGUGGUGGACAAGGGCGCCCCCAAGAGCCUGGGCAAGCUGCUGAGGCAGCCAUCGCUGGACCACAACACCCUGCUGUACAUCGGGGGCGUCCCGCCCCCUCUCGGAGGCCCCGGCCUGCGCCAGGACCGCGGCUUCCAGGGGCUGAACGGCUGCGUCCACAACGUCCGCAUCGACGGCGAGCUGCAGGACCUGGGGGCCGCGCCGCGGGCCGCGGACGGGGUGCUGCCCGGCUGCCACUCCUGCAGCGUGUGCGCCCAGGGGCCCUGCCGCCAGAGGGGGGACACGGGGGUGGCCUGCGAGUGCCCGCCCGGCCGUAGCGGGCCGCUCUGCGACCAGAGGGCGCCGGCCGACUCCUGCCAGGGGAACAGGUGUGCCCACGGCCUGUGCGUGCCCCGGGGGCCGGCGUACACCUGCCAGUGCGCCGAGGGCUACUCCGGCCAGUACUGCGACCUCCGGGAGGAGCCAGCGGCCUGCAGGGGGCGCCCCUGCGGGCAGGGAGAGUGCCGCCUGACCGAGAGCGGGGAGCCCACCUGUCACUGCCAGCCCGGGUACACCGGCCCGGCCUGCGACACUGAGGCGGCGUGCCAGGGCGAGGUGGUCCGCGAGGUGCUGAGGAGGCAGCAGGGGCUCAAGACGUGCACGUCCACCUCCAAGGUCCCGCGCGUGGAGUGCCCCAGCGCCUGCAGGGGCGGGCUGUGCUGCGCGCCGGUCAAGACGCGGCGGCGGAGGGUGGUCUUCCGCUGCCCCGACGGGCCCUCGUUCACGGAGGAGCUGGAGACGCCCGCGGAGUGCGGCUGCGCGAGGUGCCCCUUGUAACGGGACCCCCAGAGACCCGCUGGAGCGGACAGGAAUCUAUUGUAAAAUAAAAUAGAACUUAUUUUUAAUGAGGGACUUCCUUGUUUUUGUAAGAGACUCUGCAGCUGCGUGUGCCAUACGAGGAGUUAUUUUGUACCGCAAGAGAAGAUUAACAUUUUUUAAAAAAUUAUAUAUAAAAUGUAUAACCUAACCUCCGAAUUAUUUUGCUAAAAUGUAUUGCAUGUCUUUGUGAGUGCUGACGGCGGCGCGUGGGGGACUGUCUUGAGCGAAGCGCGCGGCGCUGGGGGUCGGGGUUUUUUGGCCACGCCGCGCCGCGCACGUGUUGGGGCAGCGGAUUCCUCCGCACCUCUGGAGAGGAACCACACUCAGCAGGAAGCAAGGACGGAAAAGGACUGGGACACUUUCCUAACCAGUUUGCCCGGCAACAAUGGACUUCACCUGUUGAGUGACUUCUCCGGACUUCUGCGCUUCCGUGAAGAACCUGGGACUGCAACUCGAGCGUUCAGCGGCUUUGUGUGGAGACAUUCCGCCAGAGCCCUUGCCUGUUGGUGUAGACGCCACCGAUGAGCAGGUCCCGAAGGAAUCCGUGUCUGGUUGUUUUCUCCACUGCCCCCGGGGCACCUCUCCAGUUUCACGAGGGUUCUCCGAACCGUGUGGAGAAAAGAGGUCCUGGGCUACCGAACAGAAUCGGGGGCGAGCGCAUUGUUCUGUCCUGCCAUAAAUGACUUUUAUGAAGUAUUUUCAGA